UGUAGGUGUAAAAAAUAUGAUUUUUAUUUCGAUGAUCUAAAAUGCAAAGCAAAUCGAUUCACGGCGAUAUCGAAUUUGCAACGUAAUUCGCAGCUAUUUUUUUUUUCUUUUUUUUACGAUCUUAUAUAUAUGUAUAGUAAUUACAGAUUACAGGUUAGCGUCAACGAACGUGUAUACACGGUCGCGACAGGUCGACAGGUGAUCAAAGAGAAAUCGAAAACACAAGCAUGUUUGCUUUGUCAUUGCCAACCUGAUAAGCGAACCAUCCUCGCAGGCACAUCCGUGGCAAAGCUCCUGAUAAGAUCUUUUCGAAGGGUUGAUAGUGAGACACGGUGACAGUUGUGACAUCACUUUUGCCUUCAGGUUAUGUUCGCGCCGAAUUACGUUAGUUUAUGUUAAAGUCAAAGGAAGUAAUGGUGAUGUUGUGAGUGACAUAUGGAUGCUUUUUUCGAAUUUUUAUACGAAUGAUAUACGUAUCAAUUCCUGGAAUAUACUUGCGAUGAUUUAUCAGUGAUUUCCUUAUGCAUAAAGUUCCAGAAAGUGAUUUUUUAAAUUUAGGAAAUAUGACACGCUCGCACAUAAAAUAUCAAAUUGCUAGAGACGAUGUAGAUACAUCAGAGUACUUACCGCAAAAUGUACCAGAUUUCCAAAAUGUAACAAGCUCGGAACCCACAUUUUGGAGGAAAGCAUGCCACGUGUUUUUAUUGAUCUAUGUUUACUUUGUUUUAUCAAUAGGCCUUACAUUUUAUAAUCCAUGGCUUUAUAAUACUUAUGGAUUCAAUUUUCCACUUGGAGUAGUAGUUUGCCAUUUGAUUAUAAAGUUUACAUUGUCCGCAUUAAUAAGAUGCAUCAGAAGAUAUUUUACUGGCAGACGGAUAAAUCUACCAUGGCAAAAUAUAAUUUAUUCAAUAAUGGUACCUGGUAUAGCCAGUGGUGUCGAUAUUGGUUUAUCCAAUUGGGCACUUUCAUUGAUUUCAAUAUCUUUGGUUACUAUGACUAAAUCAACUACCAUUAUAUUUAUUCUUGGAUUUUCUCUACUUUUUAAACUGGAGAAAAAGUCAUGGUCUCUAGUAGGGAUAGUGGUGAUGAUAGCAGGAGGAUUAGCAAUGUUCACUUAUAAAUCUACCCAAUUUGGUGUUCUUGGAUUUAUAUUGUGUCUCUUAGCAUCGUUUGCGAGUGGUAUUCGAUGGACCAUGACACAACUCAUUAUGCAAAAAUCCAAACUCGGUCUCCACGAUCCGAUAGACAUGAUGUAUUAUAUGCAACCUUGGAUGCUAUUACCCGCAAUAUUUGUAACUGUGUGGUUUGAAGGAAGUAGAAUAUACAAUGGUAUUAGAGUUACCGAUUGGAGCGAUAUUAGUAGUAUUUUAUUAACUACAAGUGCUGUAAUAGCAGGUGCCAUUUUAGCAUUUAGUAUGGAAGUGAUGGAAUUUUUAGUUGUUACUUACACUUCUAGUCUGACAUUGUCGAUCUCGGGAGUAUUUAAGGAAAUAUGUACAUUAGUGCUAGCCUUUGCGUUGAAGGGUGACCAAAUAACUGGCCUUAACUUUAUAGGAUUGUUAAUGUGCCUUGGUGGUAUCAUGCUUCAUGUUGUCCAGAAAGUGUUAGUCAAUAGAAAGAAAGUGGUUGAUAAUUUGGAAUUACAAUCAAAAGUGAUUAGCAACAUUGCUAAACAUGAAGAGGGAACUGAUUCGAAUGUACCAUUAUUGACAGAAAAAUCAACGUCUCUAAUGAAUCUUCUUAAUGCCGAAUUUAGUUCAGAUGAAGACGGUGAUUUGAAGGAGGGUGAUAACUCGAGCCAAAUACUGUCAGAUAUUUUGCAACGCAGGGAACAGUGAUACACCAUGAAUUUUUAGCUUUGAUACGUGGAAUUAAUUUAUCAAGAAAAGCAUUCCAAAACAAUAUAUGUUUAUGACUUGCAGUAUUUUAUAAUUUUGUAAGUUUUGCAGCCAAUAAUGGAGUGCUAACAUCAUUAAUUUUACAUCAUAACUUUAUGCCUUACGAAUGGCGUAAAAUAUGACUAGAAACAAAACGCAUUAUAAGUCUUCUAAAGGAUAUCUUUGAGACGUUCUUUAAGAUUUUUUUAGAUGUUUGUGUAUUGUGGAGAUAUAUUGAAAGCAUAAAAGACUUAUUAGUAACAUGUAAUGUAUGGGUAAUAUAAAAUGUUAUGUGAGAGGGAUGGUCCGAUCAAUUUCAAUGUAUUAUUGCAUAAGCCUGAUAUAUGAAUAUUCUAGAAAAUUGCAAAGUACAAACAUAGAAAGUAUGAAAUGGAACCUUGUCGUAUAUGUCAUGUAUCGAUAUUGAGAUAAAAAUGCCACUACCUGUGAAGAACAUGAUUAUUAAUGUUAUUGUUAUUAUUAUUAUUAUUAUUUGAAAUAUUAUAAACAAGAGCUUUGCAUGCAAGUUAUAUAUGAUAUAUAAAUCCUUUUAAAUUAUGUGACACUAGUUUUCUACUCUUAGGAUAUACUUCCCAAUAAGACAACGAUAAUUCAAUAUUUGUGUAUAUAUAUAAUCUUUUAAUGAUGAACGCACAAUAAACUUAAAUAAAGCAUACUAAUUGACACGUACAUUAAUAUAUAAAAUUUAAAUAUAUAUAAUUUAUUUUAAAUGAUUAUAUAUAUAUAAUAUUCUACUUAUAAUAUUUAUAUAAAAUACGAUAAUAUAUUACUGUUAAUAUAUUAACUAAUAAUAUAUUACAUGCACUAUAUUCAAGAUGUUAACAGUAAUGUAUUUACUAUACCAAAAAAUUUAAUAAAGUUAUGUAAUUUUCAUAUCAAGGAUGGGUUUUAUAAUUUGAUUAGAGCUUAAUAAAUAUUUUACAUUAUAUCAUAAUCUACAACAAUAUUAAGCAUUAUAAAUAUUGUAUGCAGUAAAAUUGUCAAAAUAAGUUGUGAUAAGCUAGAAAGUAAUUUAGUCAAGUUCUUAUAAAACCGAUCAAGUGUUCGGAAAAUGAUUACCGAGAAGGUAUCGAGUUAAAGUAAUACACGCGAUAUGUAAAAUAAGAAAUAGAGUAUGUGAUAUCGAUCAGAAUUAUUACUGCAUCAAUUUUCUAAAAUCGAAAUAAUAUAUAAAUCGACAGUGAUAUAGGAUCAGUUGGUAGUUCCUAAAAUUUAGUCUGUAAUCGCGCACAUCUGAAGAUUCUAAAGUGCAAAAAUAAAUCAAGAUUAUCUGUGUGUGUAUAUAUCUAUUCAAAUAUAUAUUUUGUAAAGAA